AUGGAUGUAGAGCAGAGAUUACUUUUUGCCAUUUUUCUUUCUAGUUUGCUUCUGUCUUCCUUGCCAUCUUUGACAGCCCAAAAAGAAAAUUACAAUUCAACUGCCUAUCUUCCUGCUUCCUGGAUCAACCUGGCCUCUGAGUCCCUGAUGAUCAAUAGCACAGGUAGUAUUAUAGUGAUACCCGUCCUUCUGAGAGGAAGUGAAGGACCAAGGUAUGUGUGCGGCUUCUACUGUAAUACGGAAGGUAAUCAAUGCCUCUUUGGAGUCCUCAUUUCUCAAAGCAGGUGGAGUAAUGAUGAAUAUCUGCAGUCCCCGGAAUUAGUCUGGUCUGCUAACAGGAAUAAUCCAGUUCAGAGUAAUGCAACAUUGCAACUUAGGCAAGAUGGAGAUCUGGUCCUGGCAAAUUCUGAUGGCACCUUAAUAUGGUCCAGCAGUACAAGAGGAAAGCCGGUUUCUGGAUUGAAGUUGACAGAAAUGGGAAACCUUGUGCUAUUUGGCUCCAAGAAUGAAUCCAUUUGGGAGUCUUUUGAUCAUCCCACCGACUCGUUACUUCUGGGACAGAAGUUGGGUCCUGGGCAGAAGCUGAGAGCUAGCGAUUCAGCAACCAAUUGGAGUCAAGGUCGGCUUUCUCUUGCUGUUGGCUCUGAUGGUUUAUCAGCUUAUAUAGAGUCUGAUCCGCCACAAAGAUACUAUGUGUCUGGCAUGAACAGCUAUCCUUAUUAUGAGUUCCGAAAUGGAAGCUUAAACGACUUGACAAUUCCUCCUGCAUCAGGAGCGCAAUUCAUAAAGUUUGAGCCUGAUGGGCAUUUAAAGGUAUAUCAGUGGAGAGAGAUAAGAUUUAUGGAGGUUAUUGAUCUUUUGGACCCAUAUGUUGGUGAUUGUGGAUAUCCAAUGGUCUGUGGCAACUAUGGUGUCUGUUCAAAGGGUCAAUGUGGUUGUAUUGAAACAACCAAUGACCAAGAGAAAAGCUAUUUCAGCCAAAUAAAUUUCAGACAACCCAAUCUUGGAUGCUCACGGAUCACUCCAAUUUCCUGUGAUGACUCCCGUGAUCAAACUCUUCUGGAGCUAUCAAAUACAUCUUACUUUGCGGUUGAUUCAAGCUUAGACAAAGCAAAUAUGGGAAUGGAGGACUGCAAAAGUAAGUGUCUAAGCAACUGUUCAUGCAAAGCAGCUGUCUUUUAUUAUACAGAUCAAAGGGAUAGUGUUCUAGAAAGCAACGGCAAUUGCUUAUUGCUAAAUGAAGUUUUCUCUAUUAUUAACAAUGAGGAUAAUAGAGGACCUUCUUAUAAUACAACUCUCCUUGUUAAGGUGCAAGAUGUUUACGUCCACUCCUCGUCAUCAUCGUCGUCGUCGUCGGAUAUUAAACUAACCAUACUGGGAUGUACAUUUGCGGUUUUGGCUUGUGUAGUAAGUUUAAUCUGCUAUUGCCUGCUUCUUUUAAGGAGAAUAUUAGAGGAUUCCGAAGAACCUGAGGGGCAUUUUCUGAACCAGGUACCAGGAAUGCCUACAAGAUACUCCUAUGAGAAGUUGAAAUCAAUGACAGAAGAUUUUAGCAAAAAACUUGGGGAAGGAGGAUUUGGUUCAGUUUAUGAAGGGGUACUAAGUAAUGGCACGAAGAUAGCAGUCAAGUGUCUUGAUGGUUCGGGUCAAGUGAAGGACUCAUUUUUAGCGGAAGUGCAGAUAAUUGGUAGCAUCCACCAUGUCAACUUGGUAAAACUCAUUGGUUUUUGUUUUCAUAAAUUGCACCGGCUUUUGGUUUAUCAAUACAUGGCUAACGGAUCUUUGGAUAAAUGGAUCUGUGGUGGAAAGAACAACCAAUCUCUUCCAUGGAAUGCAAGGAGAAGAAUCAUCACAGACAUUGCUAAGGGAUUGGCUUAUCUCCAUGAAGACUGCAGUCAGAAAAUAAUUCAUUUUGACAUAAAACCGCAAAACAUCCUUUUAGAUCAAAAUUUCAAUGCAAAAGUUGCUGAUUUUGGAUUGUCAAAGCUAGUCGAAAAGGAUCAGAGCAGAGUUAUUACAAGGAUGAGAGGAACACCAGGGUAUUUGGCUCCUGAAUGGUUGAGCUCAGUGAUCACGGAAAAAGUGGAUGUUUAUAGCUUUGGCAUCGUUAUGCUGGAAAUCAUUUGUGGGCGGAAGAAUGUGGAUUGGUCUAAGAUCGAGGAAGACAAGCAUUUGCUUAGUAUUUUCAAGAGGAAAGCAGGAGAAGAAAGACUUCAAGACAUGGUCGACAAGAAUAAUAUGGACAUGCUAAUCCACGUUCAAGAAGCUGUGGAGAUGAUGGAGAUUGCUGCAUGGUGUCUGCAGAGCGAUUUCACCAAGAGGCCUUCAAUGUCAUUGCUUGUUAAGGUACUGGAUGGUUUGGUAGCACCUGAAACCAAUCUGGAUUAUGACUUCACAAAGCCAUCCGUAGUUGAAACAGGAGCAGCUGGUCAUCUAGUAAUUGAAGCUGAAAAUAUUGCUAGUCAGCUGUUGCCUUCAGCUUUAUCUGGACCGAGGUAG